AUGACUGGUACCCAUUUAGAAUCAUCAAAAAAGAUAACCUCCCAUGUAAUACCUGAAGAUUCGGAUAUAUUCAACUAUUCCCCUGAUGCAAACAGCAAAACCAAAAGUUCCAUAACUACAAAUACCAAUUUUCAGCAAUCAAACAAACUGCAAAACAAUUCAUCAGAGUUAACUAGAUGCCAGCCUGAAAACCCAUCCUCUUUAUUACUUGCUACAGACGUGCUCCCUUAUAGUCAAAGAUCUGUUUUCCCGUUCAAACAAUUCAACAAGAUGCAAUCAAAAGCAUUUAGUUCAAUUUACAACACAUCGAACAAUUGUGUUAUUAGCUCUCCUACGGGUUCAGGAAAGACGGUUCUUUUUGAGUUGGCAAUAUUAAGAGAGAUAGGACAAGAGUUUGAACCCAAUUUCAAAGUUCUUUAUUUGGCACCAACCAAAGCUUUGUGUAGUGAAAGGUUAAAUGACUGGACAAAAAAGUUUUCGUUACUUAACAUCACAGUUGGAAUUUUAACGGGCGAUACAACUUUUAAAGAGGCUGAGAAUGUACGAAAGUCAAAUAUUAUAGUCUCCACCCCUGAAAAAUGGGACAUGAUAACAAGAAAAUGGAAAGACUACUCAAGGUUAUUUGGAUUGAUCAAACUAUUGCUUGUUGACGAAAUUCACAUUCUUAAGGAGCUGAGGGGAUCCACUUUAGAAGUUGUUAUGACAAGAAUGAAGCGAAUAUGUAUAGGAUUGAGAAUAUUGGCCAUUUCAGCCACAGUUGCAAAUGCCAUUGAUAUAUCAAAAUGGAUUAGAUUACACGACGAGUCUACACUUCCAGCAGAAACUAUGUGUUUUGGAGAGGAGUUUCGUCCUGUGAAAUUGUCAAAGAUUGUGUAUGGGUACAAGUCUACUAGUGAAAAUGACUUUCAGUUUGAUAUUUUUUUGAAUACUAAAUUGCUUGAAGUGAUAAACCGUCACUCGAACGACAAGUCUGUACUAAUUUUUUGCUCGACUAGAAACAGUUGCCAAGCUACCGCCAAAUUCUUAUUCAAUAACUUGCCAGAGGCAUCUAGAACAGAUAUCAAAUUGAAGGAUCGAGAUGCCAUGAACUAUACAACUAGGGGGAUAGCAUUCCACCAUGCAGGGUUAACUUUUGGCGAUAGAAAACAGAUUGAAACUGCAUUCUUGAAUAGUCGUUUAAAAAUACUUUGUUGUACGUCGACGUUGGCGGUUGGAAUUAACCUUCCAGCAUAUUUGGUUGUUAUAAAGGGGACAAAAUGUUGGGUGGAGAGCAGUUUUCAAGAAUACUCGGAAACAGAUAUUUUGCAAAUGGUUGGGAGAGCUGGUAGACCACAGUUUGAAAGUGAUGGUGUUGCAGUAAUUAUGACUUCUAGCAAAUGGAAACAUCGAUACGAAAGGAUCAUUGAAGGGACUGAAAAAAUUGAAAGCAGUCUUCAUAUGAACUUUCGAGAGCACUUAGCGGCUGAAAUCUCUGUUGGGGUGAUAAAAAACAUUGAUGAUUCCCUAGCGUGGUUGAAAUCGACGUACUUGUACGUUAGAUUUUUGGCAAAUCCAGGAUAUUAUGCCCUUCAAAUACCAAAGACUCGUGAUCCUGAAGAUACGUUAACGUCGUUUUGUUUUCAACAGUGUAAAGCUCUAGCUCAAGAAAACUUGGUUACCAUGGACGAACAAAAUAAUUGCAAAAUAACGGCAUAUGGCUAUUCCAUGGUUAUGCAUUACAUAACUUUCAAUACGAUGAAAAAUUUAAUUCAUUCUCAGGGUCAAUUAUCUGUAUACGAAACACUUUGUUUGAUAUGUGAAUCAUCAGAAUUUGCAGAUUUGAACCUAAAACAUCAAGAAAAAAGACUAUAUAAAGAAAUAAAUGGUUCUCCUAUCCUUAGGUAUCCGUCAAAACUGAAAGAUCUUGGAAAGAAAGAUAAAAUAAAAUUAAUCAUUCAGUUUGAACUAGGAGGGCUAGAUUUUCCUGCAUACAAUGGAGCAUUAAAGCUACAUUCAAGCUUUUUGGGAGAUAAAUUCUACGUAUUCAAACAUAUAUAUCGGAUUAUGAUGGCUUUAUUGGAUGUUUUUAUUGAGAAGCAAGAUGCAAAGUCACUACAUAGUCUGAGUUACUUAUUAAGAUGUGUAAAUGGGAAAUGUUGGGAGGAUUCACCAAAUGAGCUUCGACAACUAGAUGGGAUUGGACCAGCAAGUGUUAAGAAGUUUUGUACACAUAAUAUUUUAUCCCUUAAUGAUGCUAAAGCGUUAACUAGUAGUCAAAUUGAGUACUUUCUUGGUUUAAAAACUGGAGCUGGAAACAAAAUUAAGAGAAAUAUUGCGUCGUUGCCAAACUUGCAGUUGAAUAUUGAGUUUGAAAAUGAAGAGCUAGCAGAAGACAGAACUUCAGUGGAGAUAACAUUGAAUAUAUCAAUUGACGUUGUAAAUGCACUGACAACAUCUGUGUGGAAGAAUAAAUUAGUAUACAUUCAUUUGAUUACAGAUACUUCGAAUGGUCAUUUAUUGGAUUUCAGGAGAAUACCAGUGAGCAAGUUCAAAACUUCUGGAUUAAAAACAUUUGAAUUAUCAUAUCCCACUAAAGAUUUAAACGAGGUUAUACGCUGUCAAGCAUCUGCUGAUACCAUAGCCAGUGUCAAAACCAAUACAAGUAUGUCAAUCUAUACACAUUUGAGCGAGUCCACAAUCAAGGAUUUUGCAAACAAUACCGACGAUUUUGAGUUUAGUGAACUGGAUGAGGAUGACUUAUUUAAUUUGAAAACCAAGAAUCAAGACGAGUCCAAGGUUAUUGAAUUACGCAAUGAGACAAGAGGCGAGAAUCCAAAACUGGAGGUGUCAAAGCCGACUGCAAAUGAAAUCAAGACCCGCAAAGUUUUAGCAAAUGGAAACUACGAGUGCAAUCAUGUUUGUAAAGAUAAACAGAAAUGUCGCCAUUUGUGUUGCCGUGAAGGAUUACCCCCGAAAGCCAGUGGUGGCAAUAAAAACCCAGAGAAUGAAAUUACCACACCUCUAAAUUCCAAUGUUCAAGAGAAUCCAAUUGGAAUAGGAGAUAAAGCCGCUAAUCAAAAAACAACACAAGCAAGUGCAAAAAAGCAGCUUAAAAUUCGAAAGAAUAAAGUCACACUAAAACGAACAUUGUUUGAUGACUCUGAUCCAGAAGAAAUAGUAUCACCUAUUGAGACAACGCAGUCGACAAUGAAACCAAAGAAGAAGACAAAGAGUACAGUUUUUUCUAUUGAUGAUGGUGGUAAUUAUGAGAACGGAGAAAUAGUGCAUGGAAUGAAAACGGGUCAAGAUGGAGGAACUUUGCUGGCUAUUCCUAAAGAAAGUAUACAGUUGGAAACUAAAAACAAGGUUAUUCCAAAAAACCAAGGUAAUAGUCCUGAGUCAUUUUUAAUUGAAACGCUGGCAAAUCAAAAUGAGUCUUUGUCUUCUCUCGAUGUCGAAGAUAUUAGACUGAAAGAAGACGAUAGCUCACAAAAUGUACUGGUACAAAUUUGCAACAGCACAAGUGAAUCAAAAGAUGCAAUUACAGAUCUCAACAAAAAUGAGCAAAGAAAAAUAUAUAACAAGGAAGAAUUACAAAAUUUACUUGGAUUGGAUAUAGAUAUUGAUUUAUAG